CGUCAACGGGUCGCGUCAACUCCGCCACUGCGUUCCGUCAUCUGCUUCUCCUCCUCCCUCCGUCUCCUCCGUUCCCAUCUUCUCCACCGACGGGCGCUCCCUCCGAGCCUCUUUCUUCUCGAUCAGAUCCGUCCGCCUCAUCAUGUUCGGGCCGUAUGCAACGAUGAUGCUGAUUAAUUGUUCCCACUGCCACACCCCGCUGCAGCUCCCGCCGGGGGCGUCGUCCAUCCGAUGCGCCAUCUGCAGGGCCAUCACCUACGUGUCCGAUCCCCGGAGCGUCCACAUGCCUCCUGGGGCUCCUCAUUCCCUUCCGCCUCCGGGCCCCGCCCCGCUCCCGCCGCCGUCCUGGGGGCUAGCGCCGCCGCCGAUGCCGGGCGGCGGUCGGCGGAAGAAAGCGGUGAUUUGCGGGAUCACGUAUCGGAACACGCGGAGCGAGCUGAAGGGGUGCAUAAAUGAUGCCAAGUGUAUGAAGUACCUCCUCAUCAAUCGCUUCGGCUUCCCCGAGUCCAGCAUCAUCAUGCUAACUGAGGACGAAAGAGAUCCAUACAAGAUUCCAACCAAACAUAAUAUAAGAAUGGCAAUGUAUUGGCUCGUACAAGGUUGUCAACCAGGUGACUCUUUGGUAUUCCACUACUCUGGCCAUGGUUCACAACAAAGAGACUACAGCGGAGAAGAAGCAGACGGCUAUGAUGAAACUCUUUGUCCUGUGGACUUUGAAACACAAGGAAUGAUCGUCGAUAAUGAAAUUAAUGCAACCAUGGUCAGGCCGCUUCCUCGUGGAGUUAAGCUUCAUGCUAUUAUAGAUGCUUGUCACAGUGGCACUAUGCUAGAUCUAUCUUACCUUUGCAGAAUGAACAGGAGUGGGCAGUAUGCAUGGGAAGAUCAUCGCCCAAGAAAUGGUGCUUGGAAAGGUACUAGUGGUGGAGAAGUCAUCUCAUUCAGUGGUUGCGAUGAUGAUCAAACUUCUGCAGAUACCUCGGCUCUGUCAGGGAUUACCUCUACUGGUGCCAUGACUUACUGUUUCAUCCAAGCCAUUGAGCGAGGACAUGGGACAACUUAUGGUAGCAUACUGAAUUCGAUGAGAUCCACCAUAAGAAGCACUGGCGAUGCAAUUUCCGGAGGGCCCGUCACUUCACUCAUCACCAUGUUGUUAACUGGAGGUAGCAUGCCUGGCACACUGAGACAGGAGCCGCAGAUGACAUCCAAUGAAAUGUUCGAUGUUUAUGCAAAACCAUUUUCUCUGUAAAGUGUAUCUUCUCUCUUGCACUUGAAGUGUCUUCUGUUGUCAUUGAUUUUGCACAUGUUUUGCUUCAUUUGACUGACAUUGAGAAACAUCUUAUGAGGGUUUAUCGAUUUCUUUGACAUCGGUGUGUAGGAUUUUUCUUCUAUAAAUAUGACAUUUCUUUC